UCGCGAGAAAAGAGGAUGCACGACAUCGAAACUACAAAGCGUGCUUCGCACUGAAUGGUCUUUUUUUUUCUUACACAGGAAAAAAAAAAGCUCUCUCUCUCUCUCUCUCUCUCUCUCUCUCUCUCUCUCUCUCUCUCACUCUCAUAAACAGAGAAGAAGAGAGGAUAUAAAUAUUGACCACUAGAGAAAGAAACUCGCCGCUUGGUAGCAGUAAGCUGUAAGCACAUAUCUCGAGCCGCACUAAGUUAUUCUGCGUGGGCAGUGGAAGAAGAUACGAUGGACUACGGAGAAGAUCGAAUUUGCAGUAGCCCCUCAUGGAAUUGGCCAAGUCAGUACUGUAAUAAUCACCAGCCGCAGUCUAGUUUCUCUGAUGUGACGGAGUGCACGAUGAUUGAAGUCACAUUAAACCAAGAAGAUCACUCCUACAUGUUCGAGGAUGAUGAUGAUGAAUCCACCACCCCAGUGAAGGCCUGUAGCGAGUCCGGUUAUCAUCAGGUCACAACAGAUCAAACGAUCAUGAAGCCGGACGUCCCACGUGAGACACGUUCUGCUGUAAAGAGGCGUCGGAUGUUACAGUUCGAAGACCAGCCUAUGGAAACAUCCCUUUUCAGAAGUGAAAGCCUCUCUUCAAUCUUAAGAUCAAGCGCUAGAGAGGAAACAUUUGAUGAGCUUUUACUCGAAGGAUCUCAGCUUAUAGAGGAUGCUUCUGCCUCAAGCUUUGAGGGCCUUGAUGAUCUGUAUGCUGACGAGUGGUAUGUUGACUGCUUAAAUGAUCCUGAGGCUCCAACCCUACCUGAUGACUUAAGCUUUGGUUCCCCUGAUGAUGUCCAUGUAGAUAUUUCAGAGUAUCUAAACCUCCCACCAGAAGCAGAAACCAGUGACGUUAAACGACCUGUGACUCGUUCUUCUCCAAAUGUUAUCUUCAAAGGUAGAAAAUCUUUUUCAAGGCAAGCGUCUUCUGUCAUCUAUCCAUUUUCAUUCAUCAAACCAUGUGGGGUUCAUGGUGACAUGACUCUCAAGGACAUAAACCAGAAAAUUCUAACUCCACCAGCGAAACCAAAGGAAAACAAAGGAGAGACUCCGGUGAUCCAAACCUCAGCGUUCUCUGGUAAACCUGUCGUUGGAAAGACUAAGAUCCGCACAGAAGGUGGUAAAGGAAGCAUCACG